GGUAUUUAUUACUGGCAAUCAUCGUGGAUGUUUAAUUUGAUUAUCCUAUAAUGAACUAUCAUGGGGUUAUAUGGCAGUCAUAGAAAAAAUAAUGUCUAACUUAACAGAUAAGACACUGACAUCCUUAACACCCCUAGAAAUAGAGGCGGUAGCCACAUAGCGAUAAAUGCCAGUACAGCAGAAGCAGCAACAGCUUGCUAUUCUUGGACUUGAGUGUUUUUCAGUCACACAGGCCGGAGUGAGGAACACGGCGCCUGGGUGAAGGGGACCUUUUAUUUCCUACGUAAAAAAUAUAAAAGCUGGAUAUAUCACUCUGAAGGCCCUCUCCUGAGUGAUGCUGUGAUCUGAGCCCAUCUUCAGCCUGUUUGUACUCUUCAGCCACCAGGAAAACAUGUCAUCGUCAUAUGCUGCUGCCAUAACAGCCCUUGUUUCAGACAGCUCUUCCAUUAAACCAGCCCAACCCAGCCCUGAACAAUCCCCCAACCCAGAGGGGAGUCCUGAACGCCCCCCCCUGCGUAGUAAACCUGCCCACAGCACUCCAUCUGCACAUCCUCAGUCACUUGAGCCUGUAGGAUCUUACGAUGAGCAACAGGAGAACCCUGCAGACUAUGACAUAGGAGGUUACUACCGGGUUGAAAUCGGGGAUAUUUUUGUUGACCGUUACCAAGUGGUUAAAAAGUUGGGAUGGGGUCACUUCUCUACUGUAUGGCUUUGCUGGGAUAUGGAGAAGAGGCGUUUUGUGGCUCUGAAGGUGGUGAAGAGUGCUCAAACAUUCACAGAGACGGCAUUGGAUGAGAUCAAACUUCUAAACUGUGUUAGGGACAGUGAUCCCAAAGAUCCAAAGCGUGAGAGAGUUGUGCGUCUCAUUGAUGACUUUAGGAUCGCUGGAGUAAAUGGGGAGCAUGUCUGCAUGGUAUUGGAGGUGCUUGGACACCAGCUGCUGAGGUGGAUCGUUAAAUCAAACUACACUGGCCUCCCCUUACCCUGUGUAAAAAGCAUCCUCAGACAGGUUCUGCAGGGUUUAGAUUACUUGCAUUCUAAAUGCAAGAUUAUCCACACGGACAUCAAGCCAGAAAACAUCCUCCUGAGAGUGGGAGAGGCUUACAUUCAGAAACUGGCGGCUAACACCAAGCUGUGGCAGCUGCCAGUGUCCUCUGCUUUCACUAGCUCCCCAGUGAACAGAAGCUCCAGAGAAAAACAGAAUUUGUCCAACUUAUUGGGGAAGCUGACUGGGGUUUUCCACAGUCUUGGCGAAUGGUCUAGUAGAAUGUCCAGCAGCCCGAUGAAGCGACUAACAAGGAAAGAGAAGAGUCGACGUGGACAGAAGAGUGUACCUGAGAACCAUCAAAAAGACAAACUAUGUGUAUCAUUCUCUGAAGAUGCUGCUCCAUCCAGCGCCCAAAGCUCCAAGCGUCACUCAAAGCUCACAGGCCUCUCUAACCUUAUGUUUAGAAGGCACAGUAUGCUCUUUGAGGAUGGACCGGACCAUGCACCAAAAAACCACAGAGCUUCCAUGUGCUCGUGGCCAAACCUCAACACAGAUGAUCCAGUCACUAGUUCUAGAUCUGUGCUAUUACACCAGACUGACAGAAGGCUAUUACCUUCACCAUCCUCCUCCCGUGUGGUCAGGGACUCAGAUGUGCUCUUGGACCUGCUAAAGCCCCAAAAUGCUGAUCAAAUUCUCAUCAAGAUUGCUGACCUGGGCAAUGCCUGCUGGGUGCACAAACACUUCACUGAGGACAUCCAGACGUGUCAGUACCGCUCUGUGGAGGUUCUGAUUGGUGCUGAUUACAGCACGCCAGCUGACAUCUGGAGCACUGCCUGUAUGGCUUUUGAGCUCGCCACAGGGGACUAUCUGUUUGACCCCGAAGCGGGACCAACAUUCACCCGAGAGGAAGAUCACAUUGCCCACAUCAUUGAACUGCUGGGACCCCUCCCAUCUCACUUUGCCCUCUCUGGGAGGAAUUCCAAAAAAUACUUCAACCGUAAAGGAAAUCUGCGACACAUUUCAAAGCUGAAGCCAUGGAGCCUAUUUGAGAUUCUGCUGGAUAAGUACGAGUGGCCGCGUGAGGAAGCCCUUCAGUUCAGCUCCUUCCUCCUGACCAUGCUGGAGCUGCUGCCAGAGGAGAGAGCCACAGCUGCCCAGUGUCUCAAACACCCCUGGAUCACCUCCUGAUGUUCUGGUUCUGUCUUGUUCAGAACCCAGUGGACUAGCUCUCUUUCCUGGAGCAAGCUCAGACACACUGAAAGUGUCAUGGGACUCAGAUAGCCAUGGGACAUGUAGAAAUUGUCCGCAGCUGGCAUUAUGAGCCCAUUAUUUGCCUUUUUUUAGUAUUUUAAUAGCUGUCACAUCUAGUUCAGCAAUGUCACAAGAAGAUGUCAUACUGGAAAACUGAGUUCUUAAAUUAUA